UAUACGUCACUUUUUUUUGUUCACUGAUCUCAAAACACUGUUCUCAGAGUGAAGAGUUGAAUAAACCCUGACACCGGUUCUAUCAAACCGGUUCAGUUCGUAAUGGAUAAUCUACUCUGCGAAGAGUCAUGGCCCGCGAGUCCUCUAACUCCGGAGCCUUUACCAAACUCCCGCCGCACUACUCUCGACAAUGACGUAGCGCUGAUGUACCCGGCGAUAGACGAUGCGACGAUGGAAGAAGCCAUUUCUGUGGAUUUGGAGAAAGAAUUGUGUUUCAGUAAUCACGGAGACAAGAUUAUUGAGUUUUUCGUAUCUAAGAAGUUAACCGAGUUGAGGUUUCAAGCAGUUCAAUGGCUAAUUCAGACUCGGAGUCGGCUAAAUCUUUCAUAUGAAACAGUAUUUUCCGCCGCAAAUUGCUUUGAUCGGUUCGUCUAUAUGACUAGCUGCGAGGAAUGGACGAAUUGGAUGGUAGAACUAGUUGCAUUAACCUCACUAUCGAUUGCGUCAAAGUUCAACGAAGUUUCAACUCCUUUGCUUCAAGAACUCGAGAUGGAAGGUCUGAAUCAUAUGUUUCACCAGAACACCCUUCUUAAGAUGGAACUCAUAAUGUUGAAAGCUCUUGACUGGCGCGUGAACUCUGUCACGAUAUAUUCUUUUUCGCAAACCCUUGUUUCGAAAAUCGGUGUGAUAGAUGAUCAUAUGAAGAUGAACCGAAUCACUAAUCAUCUGCUCGAUGAUUUAUGCGAUUUGAAAAUGCUUCAAUAUCCACCAAGCGUUGUGGCAGCUGCGGCUAUGUGGGAUGUUUUGGACGAGAAUGGGAUUCGAGAAAAAAUUAUGAAUCUCUUUGGUCAACAUCAUAAGAACAACAUUGUGAAAUGUGUUGACGUGAUGAAAUCUCGUAGCAUGGUACAGCCGCCGUCGAGAAGGAAAAUAUUCGAAGCGAAAAGUUUUAUGAGUCUGCUGCAGGGAGGAGAAGGGAAUGAUGAUUAUUACGUUGAAGAUCUCUCUGCCAUUUUUCAGAUUAUACGAUCUGAUAAGAAGAAGAGAGAUAGAGAGAACCACCAAUUCGACUUUCGUCCGGCUAAAAGAAUGACAAUUGGAAUGUCAAACCACAUUUAGCAUUCUUUUAUAUAUUUUCUAACUACAAAACAAAAGAUAUUAUUAUUUAUAUAUACACAGAUUUAUCUCAACUGUAAUGCA